CGCUAUGCAAACGCGGCCGGCGGUCGCGGCUCGGCGCUGCUGGGCGUGUGGGGAGCGCAGCGCGGGGCGCGGGCGGCGGGACAUGAGCAGGCCGCGCGCCCGCCGCUAGCCCGCCGCCCAGCCGCGCGCCAGCGCCAAGAUGGCGUCCAUGCUGCUACAGACCUGCGGCCGGCGGGCCUGCCGCCUGCCCCGAGCGCUGCGCCGCCAGCCCCGCCUGGGUAACUUGGGAGAUCGGGCAUGUCUUAGCUGUACAUCCCUGAGGCUGGCAAACAAAAUGACUGUACACUUUAAAUAUUGCACUAGUGUCCCUCCGGUUUACGCAUACUCCAAAAAAGAUCGCUACUGUUGUUGGACUAAAGGAUCUGAACAAAUAUACUUUACUCUUACGAGUUCUUCUGGCUCAUGGACGCCACUAGCAACCAUGGGUGUUUUAGGUCCCCAGUAUCUUCCAGUUCGAUGGUGGCAUUCUUCACAUCCCCUUCAAGAUGACUCUAUAGUUGAAAAGUCACUGAAGUCCUUAAAGGACAAAAACAAGAAGUUGGAAGAAGGCGGUCCUGUAUAUAGUCCAACAGAAGUGGAAGUUGUGAAAAAAUCUCUUGGGCAGAGGAUUGUGGACGAACUGAAGCACUAUUACCAUGGUUUUCGUUUACUGUGGAUUGACACGAAAAUAGCUGCAAGGAUGCUCUGGCGAAUACUUCAUGGAACCACUUUGUCUCGUCGAGAACGGAGACAGUUUCUUCGAAUAUGUGCCGAUCUUUUCCGCUUGGUCCCUUUCCUAGUUUUUCUUGUUGUCCCAUUUAUGGAAUUUUUGCUUCCAGUAGCUCUUAAGUUGUUCCCCAAUAUGCUUCCCUCUACGUUUGAGACAAAGUCUAAAAAGGAGGAAAGAUUGAAGAAAGAAUUGAGAGUAAAGCUGGAGUUGGCUAAAUUCCUUCAGGACACAAUUGAGGAGAUGGCCUUGAAAAAUAAAGCAGCCAAAGGAAAUGUUACGAAAGAUUUUUCAAAGUUCUUUCAAAAGAUCAGGGAAACUGGUGAAAGACCCAGUAAUGAGGAGAUCUUAAGGUUCUCUAAACUGUUUGAAGAUGAGUUGACUUUGGACAAUCUAACCAGGCCUCAGUUGGUGGCACUUUGUAAAUUACUGGAACUUCAGUCAAUUGGGACAAAUAACUUUCUCCGCUUCCAGCUGACUAUGAGGUUGAGAACUAUAAAAGCUGAUGACAAACUGAUUGCUGAGGAAGGAGUCGAUAGCCUGACUGUUAAAGAACUGCAGGCAGCUUGUCGUGCCCGAGGGAUGAGAGCUCUUGGCGUGACAGAGGAGCGUCUUAAGGAACAGCUUAAGCAGUGGUUAGAUCUGCACCUGAACCAGGAAAUCCCGACUUCAUUGCUUAUUUUAUCCAGAGCCAUGUACCUUCCAGAUACCCUUUCUCCAGCUGAUCAGCUCAAAACAACACUUCAGACACUACCAGAGAGUGCUGCCAAAGAGGCUCAAGUCAAAGUGGCAGAAGUUGAAGGUGAAAAAAUAGAUAACAAAGCGCGGCUGGAAGCAACACUUCAGGAAGAGGAAGCCAUCAGAAAAGAAAACGAAGAAAAAAAGAUGUCCGAAGCUGCAGAGAAAGCCAAAGAAACCCUUCAGGUUGCAGCUGUGAAGGAGGUGGAAUCAGCUGUAGAUCUUGAAGCAGUUGCUCUGCAGGCUAAAAAAAGUCAGAUGGCUGUGGAUACUGAACGAGAACUGGCAAGGACAGAUGUGGUGAUGCAUUCAGAGACGCUGAUAGAUACAGCACCAGUAUUGGAAGGUAUUAAGGGUGAGGAAAUCACUAAGGAGGAGAUUCACGUGCUGAGUGAUGCUUGCACCAAGCUGCAGGAACAGAAAAAAUCGCUCACAAAGGAAAAGGAGGAACUUGAGGAACUGAAGGGCGAUGUACAGGAGUAUAAUGAGGAUUUGCAAGAGAUAAAAGAGCUCUCUAAAACUGGCCAGGAAGAGGUGGUGGAAGAGUCAAAGGCAAGCAAGCGAUUGACCAAGAGGGUGAACCGAAUGAUUGGUCAGAUAGACAAGAUUAUUAAUGAAUUAGAAACAAGUCAGAAGACAGUGGAUGUAAAGCUGGACAGUGGCGAAAGUCUUCCUGCUGGAUUGUGCUUCCUCUUCAGGGAGAAUCUCAUCAGUAUCGCUGAGCUAAUUAAUGCGAUGAAACAAAUUCAGAAGAUUCCAGAGGAGAAGCUAAUUAGGAUUGCAGAGGCACUAGAUGAAAACAAGGAUGGCAAAAUCGAUAUAGAUAAUGUUGUUAAGGUAGUAGAAUUGAUUGACAAAGAAGAUAUUGAUAUUGGCACCAGUCAGGUUGCUGAGAUUAUGGCACUGCUUCAAAAAGAAGAAAAACUGGAAGAAAAAACAAAAGCAAAGGAGAAGCACGAUAAAGAAGCUGCAGAAGCAAAGAAUUAAGCUUCAGAAUCUGAAGCUAAUCCCAAUUGUAACCAAAACCUUGUAUAUCUUUCUGUGUCUAAUGGCUACAUAUUACUUGAGCUUUUGUGAUUAUGGGAAGUGUUUUGAGCUGAUUGUAGUAAUAAAUAGUAGGUUUGUUUUCUGACAUAUGGAAUGAAAUUUCCAUUCAUCUAAGAAAUGAUUUACUCUCAUUCCAUACAGAUGAAAACAAAAGAUGCUUCCUUAGCAGUGCUCCUGCCCACAAAAUCAUGUAUUUGCACUCAUUAUUGUGGUACAGUGAUCCAUUAAACUUGCAAGUUUGCUGUAUAAAUUAAGCGUAUCUAUCAUGGAAAAAUGUUUCUCAUUUACUUCUUUUCAUCAUUACAUGGGGCCCAACCUUGUUCUGCUUCUGUCUUUUAGCUUUUUCAGAAUUUGAUACAAACUUUCCCUUCUGCCACAACGUUACAUUUUUUGGAACCUGUUGGUGAAGAUUCUGUGGCUUCAAUAGUAGCUGUUUAGAUUGAAUUUUAUUUAAGUUAAAUAUCACUAAGCUGUUGCCUCACUGACAGAGAAUGUGACAUUCUAAUCACUCUCAUGAAUUUGUGAUUAUUUUUUUUCUGUUGAAGGGAAAAUCAGAUUAAUUUUUCCCUAGAAUGGAAACUUCCCAUGAAGUUUGCUUCUUAUGGGUGCCUUAAAUUUCUUAAGACUAGGGAAUAGAGGAUGUCACUUCUACGCAAAAUUCCAUGAAUUACUAAAGCAUUGGAGUCACAGGAGCCUUUUAAAUAGUUUCAGAACACAAUCCGUCACACAGUAAAGUGAGAUAAAGUGUUUGUCUAAAUAGCAAAAUGAAAAUUAUCAUAAGGGGAAAAUGUCAGUUGUGAUCUUUUUGCAUAUAUUUCUAAAAACUACGGUUAUCUUUGCACGUUUGUCAUUUUUCAUCUGGUAAUUACUUAAACCAUAACUAGUUCUGUUGCCUCUCAGUUUUCAUCUCAGGUAUAAGAUCACUAACCAGGUAUAGGCAAAGUACAUAAAACUUUCAUCUCAUGGCCUUGCUUAUUGUGCAGUCAACAAGUCCUGUCUGCUGUUGCCGGUGCUUUGAUUACAUCAUUGGCUUUCUAAUUAAUUGAUUAUAAUUAGUGUCUUUAACUGUGUGAUUCAAUACUGACAGUAGGUCAAGCUUUACUCCUUAACAUCUGCCCUUAGUAGUACAUUUUUAUGUUUAAAAACUAAAAUACCAACUCUGGGCUGUUCCAUAAUUCCUGGUAGCCUAAAUUUUCCACUCUUUCUUAAAACUGGUUAUGAGAUACACAUAGUGUGACUUGAACCAGCAGGGUUGUGGUUUGGUUAUUUUCUUUGUAUUUUGGACCCAGUAUUAUAAAAUAUAAGAACAUCCUUGAUUUUUUGUACUCUAUAGAGACCACAUCUUAGAAGGGCGCUGUACACAGUCACAUUGAGGUGGGCAGUUAGUACUUAAUGCUCUUAGUCGUAGUUGCAUAUUUUUGUAGAAAAUGUUGGCUCCCAAGCGUAUUUCAGCAUAAUUCCAUGUUCACUAUUUAUCUAGAUUGGCUAAAUUAUUUGUAAAAACUCCUUUGAAGUUAGUGGAACAAAAAAGGUUUUGAGAGUCUCCUGGCUUGCAUGAUGGACCAUUGUAUUUAGUUGUUUCCAAAACGAGAUAGACAGUAACAUGUACAGUACGAUUAAUUCUAGAAAAAGGGUCAGUGUUCAGUUCAACUCUAGAGUUUGUAUUCUGUACAGUUUGCAAAGAAAUCUGCUUACAGCAGGGUUCUCCUGGGAAUUACUCGCAUUGUAUCUGAAGUGUAAAACUGCUGUGACAAAGCUGAAAUUUCACAUCUGUACGAUCUCCGCAGUUCAUGUGCCCCUGAACGUGGGGGCUGCUCUCUCGUAAAUUGAGAACAACUCGGGGAUUUCAGCAUGAAAAUCAGUUUGUAGCGUUUGAAGACAGGACUUCACUCGGUGCUUUUUUAAGCCAAAACUUAUCUUAGAUGAAAAUGCAAGAGUAAAACUAAUUUCACAACAAUACAACGUAAAGACUAAUAUUACAUCGUAUAAUUUCCGAUUGGAAUUGAUGGACUUCGAAGUGCGCUAAAUUUUGCAGUUGCGUAUCUUCAGUUUGAAAAACAAUGUAUAACAAUGUUACUUGACAUUCCUGAACCAUGAUAAAGAUACUCUAAAAUUAUCUGCUACCCUUCAUGCAAUAUCAAAAACCUAAGAAUUGUGUGCACUUGAGUGCAUGCAUGUUUAAAACAGGGAAGUAGCAGAAAAAGCUGGCUUUGAAGAUUUAUUGAUUAAAGUUUUACAGAGCUUUAACUGUCCUUACAGUAAAUUAUUUGAUUGUAUUAUCUGGGAGUUUAAGACACUUCGCUUCUGUUCUUUUUAUGUGUUUACUGUUCACUUAAAUUUCCUGUGGAUUAAAUAAGAAGGGAGCCAAAAACAGCUGAUUAUUUUUUUAAUGAAGAAUGUCCUGUAUAAAAUAACUGUGAUACAUUUAUUGAACAUUUUUAGCUUUUGGACCUGUUUGCAAUUUGGAACAGGUUCCAUAAACUACAUUUAAACGUCAGUCACAAAUGUCUGUUUUCUCCUGUUACCCAAAGCAUUUAAAGGACAUUCGCAUCAACCGUAGCGAAGCGUUUUUGCAGGAAAUAAUCUUCCUUCUGAUGCUGAAAAUAGGCAAACCUGUGACAGCCGGACUUGAACACAUGUUCUGCAAGCUUAGAAAGGUGAGGAAAUCCUGGGUGAUUCCCAUUGACCCGGUUUUAACCUUCCCCAGCAGCGACACAGAAACUCCAGCACACCCCGUGGCUUCAGGAGUGCCCUCAGUUCAUGAGCUUCCUUGUCUUUCGUGUUGACCAAAAAAACCAGAAGCUGCAGUACUUUCAGAGGAAGGAUGACUUCCGAGUGUACAGUAACCAGUCAAGAACUUUUUCCUGAAUUAAUAUUUAAUUGGGAGAUGUAAAUAUUUGUUUAAAUAAUUCAAGGAGGUGUGAGAUUUCAGAGACCUUGUGACUUACACAGGCAAAGCCUCUAAGCUCAGAGUUAGGUGAUGGGUAAGACUGUUGUUGGAGUUCAGACUCAAGUAAGAUCAAAUUUUGAUUAUAAGCUUUUUGGGGGAAAAUGUAAAGCAUAUUAAAAGCUUUUUUUAAAGAAAAAUAAAUUCAGCAACAGGGACAAGGAGUAGACUGUCAUUUCCUUUUCCCCUUCAAGCAGGUUACAAGACUUAUUUUAUUGAAAAAUUUGAUUCCAUUUCAUGUUAGCUCAAAAGAUGCUUUGUACUGAGAUUUUCAUCACUGGCUGCAUGCUGCGAGACUAAAUCUGCCUGCAAGUUAAGUACCAGAAAGUUAAUUUAUGGGUAGUUGGUCUGCAUGCAGGUAGAGAAGGUUCUCUUGGCAGGACGGCACCUUGCACUAACGUCGGCUUUGUCUGGGGGAGAAGUUACAUCUUUUAUACAACUCCAAAAUACUUCUUGUAACUUUAUAUCUACACACCUUGCUAAUCACUUAAACUUUAGCUACUUCAGCAUGUAUUUAAAUACUUUUAAAUUGUUUAUAUUGAAAUAUUUGGUGUAUUUAAUUAAAAUAAUAAUCCCAUAUUCUGUUAUUUGUAUGUAAUCCAAGUUUUGCUUUUCAGCUGAAGAAUUUCAGCCCGUGUUAUAAGUUUAAGUUGAAAAUUAUUUGUGCUCUGAGCAUACUGGUCCUGUGUUUGAUAUAAUGCUAUAUAAAAUUUUUAAGUUAAUUAGAGCUUGUGUCCUUUGUUUAGUUGUAAUAAAUGUGUCAUUUUGAAACCUAA